GAAUUCCAUGCCCAUCUUGUAGUGUCAAAGAGAGAGAAAACCUUCUAUAAAUAGAGGCGUGGGGAGAAUUGAAAAGCUCUAAGAAAAAGCUAAAAAGCUUUACCCAUCAAACAUGAUGGAGUCACAGGAAGACAAGAAGCUUAGCUCUUCUUGGCUUGUUUGUUGUGGUAAAGGCUUUCCCUUGCCCAUCCCUUCUUCAAAGUCGGCAUCACCCUCGCUGGAAAACGAAAAUGAUGAGGAAAAGCAAGAUUUGUCUUCGCCAAAAACUACCCAGAGAAAACCCGGAGGAUGGAAGGCCAUGCCAUUUGUUUUAGGAAAUGAGACGUUUGAGAGGCUGGCAAACGUAGGAUUGUUGGCAAAUUUCACAGUGUUCUUGUUAACACAAUUUCACAUGGACCAAGUUUCAGCUUCAAACGUAAUCAACAUAUGGUCGGGGGCAACAAGUUUCUUACCCUUGGUUGGUGCGUAUCUUUGUGAUGCCUACAUCGGCAGAUUUUUGACCAUUGCUUUCGCUUCCUUCUCCGUUCUGCUGGGAAUGGUGGCAAUGACACUGAUCCCGUGGCUUCCUCAACUGCACCCGCCGCCAUGCCAUGAUCCAAGUUCAUGCAGAGGACCUACAGUAUCCCAGGUGGGAUUCUUGGCCCUAGCACUAGGACUUUUGUCCAUAGGCUCGGCUGGGAUCCGGCCGUGCAGUAUUCCAUUUGGUGUGGACCAAUUUGAUGCAAGAACUGAGGAAGGAAGGAAAGGAAUCAACAGUUUUUUCAAUUGGUAUUAUACCACUUUUACCAUGGUGUUAAUAAUAUCCCUAACCGUGGUGGUUUACGUCCAAAGUAACGUAAGUUGGGUUUUGGGCUUUGCAAUUCCCACAAUUCUCAUGGUCGUGGCAAUUAUCCUCUUCUUUGUUGGGACGAAAAUAUACAUCCAUAGGAAGCCGGAGGGAAGUGUAUUUUCCGGCAUUGCUGAGGGGUUGGUCGCUGCUUACAGAAAGCGAAAGCUUAAGCUUCCUGACAAUGGUCAUGAACCAUCUGAUGGAGUCUAUUACGACCCACCAUUGAGCCCAACGAUUGUGAAGAAAUUACCCCUAACCAAUCAAUUCAGGUUCUUAAACAAAGCAGCAAUGAUGACCGAAGGUGAUUUGAAGGCUGAUGGAUCAAGAGCCGACAAGUGGAACUUAAGUAGCAUCCAACAAAUUGAAGAGCUGAAGUGCAUCUUGAGAAUUAUCCCAGUAUGGGCGUCUGGAAUCAUCUGCCUGUUAGCCAUGGCCCAGCAAGGGACCUUCACUUUGUCACAAGCAUUAAAAAUGGACCGUCGUCUAGGCCCCAAGUUCCAAAUCCCCCCUGGAUCCCUCGCUGUAAUUUCCAUGAUCACCAUUGGAAUAUGGCUUCCGGUGUAUGACAGAAUUGUUGUACCACGGCUAAGAAGAAUCACAAAAGUAGAAGGUGGAAUUACCCUCCUCCAAAGACUUGGAGUUGGCAUGGUUUUCUCCAUUCUAUCAAUGGUUGUUGCUGGAUUCGUCGAACGGAAGAGAAGGGCUGAGGCGAUCAAGCAUGGAGGCCCUGAUGGGAGCGCGCCAAUUACAGUAAUGUGGCUUGCCCCGCAGUUAAUUCUCAUGGGAUUUGCCGAGGCAUUCAACAUUAUCGGACAGAUCGAAUUGUACAACAAAGAAUUUCCUGAGAACAUGACCAGCGUCGCGAAUUCUAUAAUGUCGAUUACCUUUGCGGGAGCUAAUUACCUAAGUGCAAUUAUUGUUAAUAUUAUUCAUAACACCACGGGGGGACGCGGGCAUCCGGAUUGGUUGGCUAAGAAUAUUAACGCCGGAAGACUUGAAAAUUUCUACUUUGUUAUAGCCGGCUUGGGAGUCUUGAACUUGACGUAUUUUCUAUAUGUUGCUCCUAAUUACAGAUACAAGAGCAGAGUACGGGUUGAUGAAGAUGAUGAGGAAAAGCCUGAUUUUAGCAUUGAACUUAAUGCUGUAGUCAAGGGGUGAAGUCUUGUUAGUUGCGGGUUUUGGCUAAUAUGCUACUUAAUUGCCUAUGGUUAAUCACCUGUUAUGUAUCUAUAUCGGUUGUUUUACUUCAUUUUUGUUUUUUGCUAUGUUAGAUCAUUAUUAACCGCAAUAAAUAUGAUAUGCCUUUCUGUAAAUUAACUAGUCCAAGAGUCUUGAAUGAAAUUUUGAAGAAUAAAUUGCAUA